AUGGGUUUCCAGAAGGCAACAACAUUGUUGGAGGAUCUGAUAAAGAAGACAGGAGGCUGUGCGGUGAUCGACGGUGGAUUCGCCACCCAGCUUGAGAGACACGGGGCAGCCAUUAACGACCCUCUUUGGAGCGCUCUCUGUUUGAUCAAAGAUCCUGACCUCAUAAAACGGGUUCACUUGGAAUAUUUAGAGGCAGGUGCAGACAUUUUGGUUACUUCUUCUUACCAGGCCACUCUUCCUGGAUUUCUGUCCAGGGGAUUAUCCACUGAAGAAGGAGAAUCGUUAUUGAAGAAAAGUGUUACAUUGGCUGUUGAAGCCCGUGAUAAGUUCUGUGAUGCUGUGGAAAGUGAUCCUGAACAGAGUUAUAACCGAGCUUUGGUAGCAGCCUCCAUUGGAAGCUAUGGAGCUUAUCUUGCUGAUGGCUCUGAGUACAGUGGGUGUUAUGGACCAGAUGUGAAUCUGAAAAGGCUGAAGGAUUUCCAUCGGCGGAGGCUGCAAGUUCUGGUUGAAGCCGGUCCAGAUUUGCUGGCCUUCGAGACCAUUCCCAAUAAACUUGAAGCCCAGGCCUGUGUCGAGUUACUUGAAGAAGAAAACAUCAAUAUUCCAUCUUGGAUUUGCUUUAGUUCCGUGGAUGGUGAGAAUGCCCCAUCCGGAGAGAGCUUCCAGCAGUGCCUUGAGGCAAUAAAUAAGAGUGACAGAGUAAAUGCAGUUGGAAUUAAUUGUGCACCUCCCCAUUUUAUUGAAGGUCUCAUCUGUAAAUUUAAGAAGACGACGGAAAAGUUGAUAGUUGUAUAUCCGAAUAGUGGCGAGGUAUGGGAUGGCAGAGCUAAAAGAUGGCUGCCAUCAACCUGUUUUGACGAUGAUAAAUUUGAGUUCUUUGCAACAAGAUGGCAUGACUUGGGAGCUAGCAUCAUUGGAGGCUGCUGUCGGACAACACCAUCCACUAUCCGAGCCAUUUCAAAGGUUCUAAAGGAUCCUAAGCAGUUUUAG